AAGGGAGCGCCGGCACCAGGACGGAUAGAAAUAGAUACUUACAUCACUACAAACAUAUUGAAAUAUAUGGGAGUGUCAGGAUUGAAAUCGACAGAGGUGAAAUAGCUUGCAAUUAAAAUCGAUACCACUUGGGCCCACAGUUCUUUUUAGUCGGUCCAUGACAAAUCUUGUCCGUAAUAUCGGAGGCCAGUUUGUCAUUCUGUUUAGGGCAACAAAGGGCAGCUUCCCUCUGUGAUGCUAAUCAGCAGCCCAAUAAUUGCUCUCGACUCUUAUCAGCACUACAAUCUGCCUCCCUUGUGUCCUCAGCAAUAGAGGCAAUUUCUGCGUUGUUGUAUUUUAUGCAUGACAAACUAGAACUACUAUUUCAACUUUGACGACUUCGAUCCUGACACAUCCAUGAAGAUGAAAAAGCUACGAAACAGUAUUACAACAGCAACAAGAUGAAGGACCGGGACAAGUUAAGUAGAACAAGCUGCGACAAGAACAACCGGUUCUCGAGAACACCACAACUGCUCUGCCUUUGCUGCAAAAUUAAUCUCGAUCAUUUACGAAAACGAAAAAUUAAGAAUAGACUUGCCGAAAAAAUAAAGCACUACCCCACGAC